GCAGUCUCCGCGUCUCUUCGCUGGUAACCAGGGGACGGUUUCUGGGUAACCCGCGGGCGCCGGAGUGGGGCGAUCGGGGCGCCCCGGAGGCCGGGAGAUGGAUUCAGUGAUCUUUGAGGAUGUGUCUGUGAACUUCACCCGGGAGGAGUGGGCUCUAUUGAAUCCUUCACAAAAGAAACUCUACAGAGAUGUGAUGCAGGAAACCAUCAGGAACUUGGCCUCUGUAGAACAAAAACAGGAAGAGCAGAACACUAAAGAUCAGUACAAAAAACAAGCAAGAACUCUAAGAAGUUGUGUGGUGGAGAGAAACUGUGAAAGUAAGAAAGAGAGUCAGUGUGGAGAUACUUUCAGCCAGAUUCUAAGUCUCAGCCUGACCGAGAAAAGGACUGGAGUAAAACCUUAUGAAUGUACUGUGUGUGGGAAAGACUACGUGCUUCAUUCAUCCCUUGUUAGGCAUAUCAGAUCUCAUGCUGGAUACAAACUAGCAGGCUCUAAGUACGGAGAGAAGCCUUACAGAUGUAAGGUGUGUGGGAAUGCCUUCAGUUAUCUCAAAUCCUUCCAGAGACAUGAAAGGACACACACCGGAGAAAACCCCUAUCAAUGUCAACAGUGUGGGAAAACCUUCAUCUAUCACCAACCUUUUCAAACACACGAACAGACUCACACAGGGGAGAAGCCCUAUGAGUGCCAGUAUUGCGGUAAAUCCCUCAGUUCUUCCAGUUCUCUCCGAAUCCAUGAGAGGAUUCACACGGGAGAAAAGCCCUAUGCAUGUAAGAAGUGUGGCAAAGCCUUCAGUUGUCCCAGUUCUAUUCAGAUACAUGAGAGAACUCACACUGGCGAGAAACCCUACACGUGUAAGGAAUGCGGCAAGGCCUUCAUUUCCCGCACAAGCGUGCAAACACACAUGAUCACGCACAAUGGAGACAGGCCAUAUAAAUGCCAGGAAUGCGGGAAGGCAUUCAUUCGUCCCAGUUUUUUACGAGUACACGAGAGAAUCCACACUGGCGAGAAGCCCUAUGCGUGUAAGCAAUGCGGUAAGGCCUUCAGAUGCUCUACUUCCAUCCAGAUUCACGAAAGGACUCACACUGGAGAGAAACCUUACAAAUGUAAGGACUGUGGGAAAGCCUUCCGUGCUCGGCCAGCCUUUCGAGUGCACCUGAGGGUGCACACGGGAGAGAAACCCUAUAAAUGUAAAGAAUGUGGGAAGGCCUUCAGCCGGCUCAGUUACUGUCGCAUCCAUGAAAGGACUCACACCGGCGAGAAACCCUACAAAUGCAAAAAAUGUGGGAAAACCUUCAAUUACCCUCUGGAUCUGCAGAUCCAUGAAAGGAAUCACACUGGGGAAAAACCCUAUGAAUGCAAGCAGUGUGCGAAAGCCUUCAUUUCCGUGGAGAACUUUCGAAGACAUAUGAUAACGCACACGGGCGACGGGCCUUACAAGUGCAGGGAGUGCGGGAAAGCCUUUAGCUAUCUCAGUGCACUGAGGACCCACGAGAGAACUCACACUGGGGAGAAGCCUUACACAUGCAAACAGUGCGGGAAAGCCUUCAGUUGUUCCAGUUACGUGCAGAUACACGAGAGAACUCACACUGGAGAGAAACCCUACGAAUGUAAGGAAUGCGGCAAGGCCUUCAUUUACCCUACAAGCUUCCAGGGACACAUGAGGGUGCACACUGGAGAGAAGCCGUACAAAUGCAAAGAAUGUGGGAAGGCUUUCAGUCUUCGCAGCUCCUCUCAGAGGCAUGAGCGCACCCACAGUGGGGAGAAACUUUAUGUUUGUAAGCAAUGCGGGAAAGCUUUCUGUUUGUCCAGGUCCUUGCAGAAACAUGUGACGAUGCACACUGGAUAGAAACCCUUUGAAGGUGAGGAGUAAGGAGGAGUUUCCAAUUUUUUUUUUUUUAAGAUUUAUUUAUUGGAAAGGCAGAGGUAUACAGAGAGGAGAGAGGCAGAGAGAGAGGUCUUCCAUCCGCUGUUUCACUCUCCAAUUGGCUGCAAUGGCCGGAGCUGUGCUGAUCUGAAGCCAGGAGCCAGGAGCUUCUUCUGGGCUUCUCACACGGGUGCAGGCGCUCAAGCACUUGUGCCAUCCUCUACUGCUUUCCCAGGCCAUAACAGAGAGCUGGGUCGGAAAUGGAGCAGCCGGGACUCAAACUGGUACCCAUAUGGGAUGCCAGCACUGCAGGUGGCAGCUUUACCCGCUAUGCCACAGCGCCAACCCCAGUUUCCAAUUUCAACAAAGAGUUCCAAAGCUAUGAAUUUCCUACUGUAGAGAAGUCCCGUGAAUGUAACACAGAAAGCUAGAUGCAAUGUCACUCCUGUAUAACGUACCAUGUCAUAUCAACUGAGGACUUCUUACUUUUGCAAAGAAACUUUAAGGUGAGAACAUUCUCUUCCCUAAGGUAUGUUACAGAAGUUUAAUGGGCAGGGCUUUCUGAUGUAUGCAAGACUUUUGUUUAUUUUAAAGCCAUUGAUGAAUUGAAGUGUAAUUCUAAUGAACAAUUAAGUUUAAUUUUAUAUGUUUUUUCAAUCAGUCUCUAAAUAUGAGACAAUUAAAAAAUGACAAAUUGGUAAUUGUUGGGGUUUUCCCUAUUGGGUUUAUAUGGAAAGUACUGGAUCUCUUUAAAAUACAUAUAUAUUUAAAAAAAAUAUAUAUAUAUAUAUACACACACACACAUAUAUAAAUUCUCCUUUAUUGUGAGAAUAACUGUUUCUUCCUCAAUUUCUAGGACAGAAUAGCAUUAUUCCAUUUUUUUUGUUAUUAAAUUCCUGGAAUAAAGUGGAAAGAAUGCAGUUUAUCAGAGUUUAUAAUCAGUUAUCACAGUUUACCACAGUCUCAUGUAUUAUUCUGUUAGGAUUUAUAUGAUAAAGUUAGAAUUAAGAGACAUCUGUUGUAAGAUAAAGUCUGUAGAGUUGGACACAGACCUCUUCACUUUCUAGAAUAUACUCUCUUUAUGGUUCCAUAUUACAAUUCACUAAUAACCCAACAUUCCUAAGAGUUUUCUAGUCUAAAAUGAAUAAGAGGGGUAAGUGUUUGGCAGAGAAGUUAAGCUGCCACUUCUAAUUUUCUGCCAAUGUGCACCCUACAAAGCAGCAGAUCAUGGGUUGAAUACCUGGGUUCCUGCUACCCAUGUAGGAAACCCAGAUUGAAUUCUGUGCUUGGGCCUGGCCUAUCUCUGGCUAUUGUGGGCAUUUAGGAAAUGAACUAGUGGAUGAGAGAUAGGUUUCUGUCUGAUAAAAAUAAAAACUUCCAUCUCAUGAAAAUAAUAACCUCAGAAAGAGGAAAAUCAUCCUAUUUGGUCUUUAAGUUUUAAAAAUGAAGACAUUAAUCCAAUAGCAGAACCAUUACACUGGGAGGCAGCCAUUAUACACCCUGGGUGUGUACCUGCUUCCUGCCAAUUUCCCUGUGGUUUUUUUUUUUUUCCCACCCUCUGCCAAAUCAAGAGUAUUUUCAAAACACCCAACUACCUGACUCCCAUUUUCAAGAUGUGUAGAUUUCCACAUUUAUAUUCACAGGCUCCUGUCAAAGAUCUACCCAUAGCUUGGCAUUUUACCUCUAAACCUCAUGUGUACCAAGCAGCUAAUUUGGGCUAUCAUGGAAAUUUGAGAUGGAAUAUUCUCUGAUGCUGUGUCUUCCUGCUUGCUUUAGACUGUACUCCCAUAAGGUCUAAUUUGUACAGUUCUGUUGUUAAUACUGUUAGUGACUCUAUGUUACUGAUCCUACCACGACAACUAGAAUGGUGCAGUCAGAAAGAACUAUGAGAGUUUAUUCCCCUAACGCAAUAUGCAGUGACUGCUCUCCCCCAGUCCUUCCAUGUUACAAAAUUGUGGGUAUGCCUAAUUCUCAAAGUAUACUCAACAGGUACAUUUCAACUGUAUCCAACUGUAUGUGAUUAAAAUCUGCAUUUUUCUGAAGCAACAUUGCUGUGUGCGUUUCUCAGAAAUAUCAAAUGCUCUUAAAUCAUCUGCAUAUUAACAAACCCUAUGUUUUCCUGAGAGGAUAUCUUUAAAAAGUA